GGGUGGCGGUGUAAAGAUGUGAUUGGUGGGGCUGGAUGAAGCGGGGUGAGGAAAGAGACCCGGAAGUGCUGGCGGGAAGUUAUUCAGAAUUAAUUCUCAUGUCAUCAGAAAGCUCAACCAUCACAGUUCGUCUUGUUCGUUCUUUUGAACACCGGAAUUUCAGACCUGUGGUGUAUCAUGGAGUCAACUUGGAUCAGACAGUAAAGCAGUUCAUUACUUUUGUGCGGAAUGAUGUGUCUUCAAGAACAGGUCUUCCUCCUCCUUUUAAAAAUUACAAGUAUGGUACUUUCCUUUACAGAAACUCACUCUGUCUGAAAUGCAAGGGCAGAUCUGUAUCUUCCGGCCAACCAUCUCCAUGGCAGGUUACCUGCCUGCCCUCUACAGCCUGGUGCAAACUCCCCACAGCAGCUCCAACAUGUUGUGCAUGACUGAUAUACAACUGGCUUCAAGGGGGAUCUUACCCAUGGAAGUGAACAACCCUACGCUCUCAAAAUAACCCCAAGGUUUUCUGCCUUUCUACUUUGUGUGACUUAAGGAGGUUUUUAGCUAUGAAUGACAGUGCUGCUCCCAGCCACUGAGUGAGGGGGAAAAGGACUCUACAAGUGGGUGUCACGUAGGCAAAGCUCACACUGUUUUUUUUCUCAAGAUCUCCAAGUAAUACUGCCAAAUGCAGGGUGAGAAACCAAGAUAUUAAAGACUCUCUACUGCUAAGGGUGCCACUAAUCUUCAUGUGGGUGCCCAUGGCACAUUACAUUCUACCUUUCCCCUGAGAGAAGCACCCCAUGCAGACAGGGUGAGCCCUGAAGGAGAGCAGUGUGUCCCCCCCCGGGACACCCACAUCCUUCUGCUCUGCUAUUGCUUCUCGGUGUCACCUCCUGAACAGGGUGUCCAUGGCUCCAGGGUGCAUGGGGAGGUGUGGAGUGGCACGCUUUGCCCCUGACACUGGUGUGCAGCUUGCAGUUGCCGUGCUGGAGCAGGGAUGUACUGGGAUGACAGGUCAACUUGUACCCUCUGCGUGAGGGCCAGACUCUGCAAAAUCACUCUCUGGCAUCAGUAAAUACCAA